CUUUGAUCUUACUUCCUUGGAUUGGCUUGAUUAAACCUUGUGGAGGAUAUUUAAAGAGUUCUCGAAAGGAGUUGAAUGACCUGAAUACACAAGAUAUUUCUGUCAUUGAACCGGAGAUGCAGUUAAGUUCUCCAUGUGCUAUCCAGGUUGGGUGGUGUUGUGGAGCACAUUUUACAAUCGGGUGUACAAGGACACAUAAACUGGCAUACACAAAUUUAUGUGCAUUAUUUAUUUGUAAUGACCAGUGUAAGCAUAUCACCAAACGCAAAGUCUUAUGCUUGUUUAAAAAGAUUUAUUCCAUUUUCCUCAUCCCGGACACAUAUACACAUUUCCAAGUGAUAAACGAAUUCCGGAUUAUGAAAAUGCAUUCAUGGCAGCCUAUUAAUUGGACUGGAAAAUCGUUUGGAGAAUAUGUCUGCCACAUCAAAAUGUGGUAAAGAAGUCAACAAAGCUGACGUUUACGAUGAUGAGGAUGAUGACGACAGUCAUGAAGAUGAAGAAACACUUGUUCAACAGUUCCAGUCAAACUCUUAUAAACAGACGGAUAAUGCCAGUUUGCUGGCUUUACAAAAUGCUGUUAAAACAGUUAUGUUACUGAAAAAAGCACAUAAACGUUUUCUGCACCGAGAACGUCGUCUACUCGAUAAGUCUGACGAAAUAAAGCCAAUAACCAGCUUACAACCAACCAAUGAAGUGACUACUUCGUCAGACGACAAGAAGAAGAAAAAGAAGUCGUUGAAGUUAUCAAGUCAACCAGAAGAUGUAUUUAAUGAAUUAAUGCUAGAUAGAUAUGCACAAAAAUGUGUGGUGGGAUUAACGCCAGCUGAUCUAAAAUGUGAACAACUUGAUUAUAUGCUACAUUCAAUGAAAGAGACUUUCAGGCUACAAAUGACUGUAUAUUUGAGAAACAAAGAUAAACUUGACAAUGAAAUUAUUAGAAGGAUUAAAAACUUUUCAAGGAAUGGAUUCAAAGAAUUUUCAAGUGAAAAAAUAGCUACCCCAGAUUCGACAAAGCAAUUUACGAACACACUACGAUCCCUUUUAGGUCAUAAAAGAUAUUUUGAGAUAAUUAAGAAGUCGAAUCUUGAAGAUAUUUACAAUCAAAUGUUUGUUAGCCGACAAUUAGCUAGAACUACACUGAAGAAAUGUAAACAGCAUAGAGAAGAGAGAAAUAGGCUGAAAACCUAUUCAAGACAAAUAAAUUUUAAAAGUGGAAACAAAAUUCAUUACACUUUGAGGAAAUACAAUGUACCCGAAGCAAUGAAGAGCAUCCAACUUGAUGAAACUGACUUUGAAUGUGCCAUAAGAAGUAUCAAUAAAGAUUCGCAAACUGAUUAUACAAAGCUCAGAUUGAAAGAGGUCUUGGAAACCUUUUCUGAAUGGCAUAUCGAUAUAUCUCUAUUCAUUGUGUUGGCAUCACUCGCUGAACGAGUGAAGGGCUUGGAAUUAUUAGUCAAAAAUGCUGUGUGUAAAAUUGGGGCUUGUUCUUUACACGCGAAGAUUAAAAACGCCAGAGAAUUGUUUAUGCUGAUUGGUGUUUUGGAUAGACGACAACACUUUCAACAACUGUACACUUACCAACCUACUUUCAAACUAAAUAUGAACGGAGUUCAAACUACUUCUUAUACUACUGAUAAUGGUACCAGUAGUAAAAAUAAUCAGAGAAAACAUCGAACGCCAAAAUUUCAGUGUUUAACUAACUGUUUAAACAUACUGGAUUAUGAAUCAUCUACGCCAUUUGGACACAUUAAAGUGGAAGAUGUUAAAGUUUUUUUCUAUUCUGCCAAUAUACGUGAGGGUCACGUACAAGAUCUGAUCAGACAUUUAGAUCAUCAAAACAGCGGUAAAAUUGAUUUUGUUACAUUUAUUGAAUACCUUCCUCUAUUCAUUGAAUCCCAUAAACAAAUCGUUUGUAAACCAUUUUUGAAUUUAGAGCUAUUCAAUUAUAAGGAGUAAUUUUUAUUCUGUCUGUUUUGGAAAUCAGAGGCCUCCAAGAUAUAUACGUAAAUAAAAAAG